CGCGCGGGAGGGGGGCGGAGGAUCUCGGAGGAUCCCGGCGUCCGGCGGCUCCGGGGAUGCGGUGGCGGCUGCUGUGGCUGCUCAGCGCCGCCGCCGCCGGCUGCUGCUGGGGCCUCGCCGCGGGCAAGACGCUGCGGGGCGGUUUCACCAGCUCCGCCGCCCGCCGGGAGCCGUGGCGGCCCGUGGCGCACUUCCAGUUCCACGGUGACCAUGCUGUUCUGUGUGUCAGAAUCAAGAACGUAGCAGUAGCUGUGGCAAAAGCAGCUAGACUUCACCUCUUUCAAGCACAGGAAUGGCAGAAGCUGGAGAACAGUGUCCAAGACCACAGCUGUACAGAGAAGUUCUCUAAAGCUCAGCUGACAAUGACUGUGAACCACACAGAGCAAAAUCUGACAGUGUCCCAGAUUCCUUAUCCGGAAACAUGGUAUGUGUUUUAUGUAGACAAGUUUACCUGCGAAGAGAAUUAUUCUGAAUCCGAGGAUAUUCAGUUUGAAAUGAUCUUACUAAACCCAGAUGCAGAAGGGAAUCCAUUAGAUCACUUUAGCGCAGGGGAAUCUGGAUUACAUGAAUUCUUUUUCCUGCUUGUCCUUGCAUACUUCAUAACUGCAUGCAUAUAUGCACAAUCCCUGUGGCAAACAAUUAGGAAGCGUGGACCUAUGCAUGGUGUAUUAAAGGUGUUGACAAUUGCAUUACUGUUGCAGGCUGGUUCAGCAUUUGCCAACUACCUGCAUUUCUCAAGUUAUUCUAGAGAUGGGAUAGGAGCUCCUUUUAUGGGAAGUCUGGCAGAAUUGUGCGACAUAAUCUCACAGAUACAGAUGCUGUACUUAUUGUUGAGUCUGUGUAUGGGUUGGACAAUAGGCAGAAUGAAGAAAUCUCAUGGCAGACCUCUUCAGUGGGAUUCCAGUCCAGCAUCUACCGGCAUUGCUGUAGUAGUUGUUGUUACACAGAGCUUCUUGUUAAUUUGGGAGCAGUUUGAAGAUACAAAUCACCACAGCUACCAUUCACACCAUGGCUUGGCGAGCGGGCUGCUCAUUGGCCUCAGAGUCUGCCUAGCUCUGUCCCUGGCUGCUGGGCUGUACCAGAUUAUCACAGUGGAGAGAAGCACACUGAAAAGGGAGUUCUACAUCACCUUUGCCAAAGCCUGCAUUCUCUGGUUUCUGUGCCACCCAUGUCUUGCAACCAUUGCUGUAAUAUUCAGAGAAUAUCAAAGAGAAAAGAUUAUUACCAUAGGAGUUAUCCUCUGUCAGUGCAUCUCCAUGGUUAUCCUCUACAGACUUUUUCUGUCUCAUAGUCUAUAUUGGGAAGUAUCUUCACUGUCAUCAGUGACAUUGCCACUAACAAUAUCCUCUGGACAUAAAAAUCGACAUCACUUCUGAGAUGUUUGGGAAGAAUACAUUACCUAAUAAAUGUGCAAUAAUGACUUGAAUAUGCAGGUAUUUUUGUCACAAGUGUAUGAUACGUUGGUUUCACUGGAAAACUGAGUGAUAAUAUCAAAGCACUUCACAGACCUUUGGUCUGACAAGAUUCCUAGAUAAAUGUGUUAAAAAUAUUGUGGAGUUGAAUACUGAAGAGUAUUGAAAAAUAUUGAAGAGUUUUAUAGAUACUGUUUAACAAGUGGUGCUGAGUUGUAUCACAGAAGAGUACAAUUAAUCUUUUCUCUCCCAUUCACGGAUACCAGAAAUGCCAUUGCUUUGUGUCAGUACUAGGUUUGAAGGUCUUAUAAAAUGGAGUUCCUAAAACAUCUACAUGCUCAAACAAGUUUAAGAUAGGCCAGUUGUGAAAUUGGUGUGAUGCAUAACGAUGAGUAAAAGGAUUUUUUUUGUUUUCAUGCUUUAGAGAAAAUGCAUUUUAUGUGUCAGUGUAAAAGAUAGGGAAAGAAAGGAGGGAGAAUCAUCUAAAAAACAUGUAAAAUGUUCACAACUGACUGCAAGAAACCUUCCUUUAUCAUGGGUGUAAAAGAAAAGCCUUUUUUUGCAUCUAAUGUUCAUACUGGUUAAAAUCCUAAUGGGAAUGUAAAUAGGGUUUAUGUCUUCCUUUUAAAAAAAAAAAGUAAAUGUAACUAAAAAUUCCAUCCAGUAAUCAAGGUCUGAACAGUUUUUGAGGCUUGGAAUACAUAGCAACAUAAAGGUAAUUAAAACAGCAGCCUUGCAUCUUUUAAAGGAGAAAAAAAAGGCAAAGAAAAUGGAAUGGGUGAUGUGGUACUAGAAUUUUAAUCCUGAUAUAAUUCAUUUCUGUUACAUUGAGGAUUCAAUCAUAAUUAAGCCAUAUACACAGAUUAAAUUAACAGAAGCAUUUCAAAUAAAUGUUGGUUUCAGUCAUCAACUACCCAUGAAUUCCUGCCCAAGGAUACUUAAUCAGGAUUAAAUUUUCUAUGAAUAAUUGAAAAACAAAAUACUCACUGGAUUUGUUAUAAUCCAUGUUGGCACUGGGUUCUAAGUAGUUGCCAUCUUCCAUCCAUUGUAAUAAAGCCAUUCUACUUUGUGAUGCCCUAGCAUCCAGAAAGCCAGUGUAAAUAUAUACUUUAUUGAAGUGCCUAUUUAUAGAGUAUGAUUAAAUCAUGCUGACGCUUUUUUUCUUUCAUAAUAAGAACAUACCUAUUGCCAUUGUGAGUGAAAUUUUUCAUUUUGGAUUUAGCUUAGUUUAAACUUAGUACAUGUGUGUUUCUUCACAAAAUGGAUUUUAUUUUCUAGUAAAUCAAUGUUUGCUUCUUCUUAACAGUGUGCAUUUGAUUAUGUCCCUGUGAAAAUGUGAAGACACUGGUUCUAUCUUUAAAAUAGCCCUAAGUUUUCCAUUUAUCUUUGCCUCAGUUGUGAGCAUAGUUGAAACAUAAGUCUGUUCCAUUUUAGUUUAGAGGCAAAACUAGAUAUUUGCCUUUGACUAAGGCAAAAUGGCAACAUGACAAAGUUGCUCAUUAAAUCAUCUCUUUUCUUAUUGUUUGUAAUUCAGAUCAAGAAUGGCAGGUUGAGGCUGGAAAAGAUGAGAUAUUAUGAUUUCACACCAUCUUUAGAAUGAUUAAAAGAUUAAUUAUUACAUUCCUCUGAUAACCACACAAAAAUAUUAUUGGUUAAAACUUCAGUCUUUAUUUCCUUGCUUAUCUCUGUACUUUUCAUCUUCUCAAGAAAAAAGCAUCCUGGUUUUGAUAAGUCUCCAAUAAUGUAGUAAAAGAGUUCUAUCUGUCCUCAUGUAUAAGACUUCAAAUUCACACAUAAAAUAGAAUUUUCCGAUAGACACAAGUACUGCUUUACAGUUUAUGAUCCAUCAUGAUAAAAGUUUUAAUCUAUGCAAAAAAACCUCUAUGUGACUUUCAGAAGAGGCACUCCAUUUGUUUUGUUCUCCAGAAGUACUGUCUUACUUCCUGUAGUUCUUCUGACUUGGCUUGGUCAGUAUUAUGAUGCCAUUUACCUUAUUUUCACUUUAUAGAUACACCCCACAACAAAUCAUGGUUCAUUAGUGUAGACAUGAAACAUAAGGUGGUGUCUUUUGCAUCUUUCCCACAUUGCCCCAUAGGUCAACAGUUUCUUAGUUUGGCAUUGGAUCCAGUUCCUUGGAAAUAAAUUUUAAUUUUGCUAUUAAUGUUCUGUAGCAAUGAAGUAUCACUUUCUCAGGGGAAGUGGCACAAAGGGUUUCUUUAAAUAAUAUUAAAUUUAUUAUUAAAUAAUAAAUGCACGCUGUAGCAGUGUGUCACUAUGACUGCAGUAAUAUUCAGUUAAUUUGGUGCAGGGUAUCUUGGGGAAGUAGGAGAUCUUCAAGUAUGACUAAUGGACAAAGCUUCAUACUUAACCUGUAGUCUGUGUUGUAACUUACUGCCUCUGAUCAUGCCUGAGGAGUGGUUCAAGUAUGUAAAAGUCUCUCUUCUUUCUAACUUACAUCUCCUGGGAGAAUAGCUGAUAAAACCGUGCUUUUUUCAUGCUUAUCCACCCUGUUACCCAUUCUAUCAAUUUGAUUUCAUAACUUCAUCUUGAGAAAAUAGCUUCCAGCCUUCUUCCAGUUGUCCUCAAUCUGAGCAUCCCAACUUGAAAACUGUAUUUCUAAAGUGUGCUUUCUGUCACCGAAAAGAACCCCCUCAUUUUCUGUCACACACUGAGGCUUUUGUGUGCAUCAGCUGGUGCUGUGCCCUACAUCAGGACUGCACUAGGUAACAGCAGGGGACAGAAGCACUCCUCCAGUGCCCCCAUAGCCCCAGUGUGUAUGAGGUGUGAGUUUGUGCCUGCUGAAAGCUGCCACACACCUGGGGAAUGUUGAGGAAGGGCUUCAGCAGUUCCAGGCUCCCUGACACCUCACUGCUGCACGGGGCUGAAGCAGGGUCCCUCUGAAGGCAGCACUGCCCCUGCUGACCAUGGUGAGCAGCACUGUUGAGGUCAGAGCACAGCAUCUCACCUGAGAGAUUCUGUGCAGUUCUGUUUUCAAUAAAGUUGGGAUUUCUGUGUCUGCUCAUUCUAUGGCCUGUGUGUUUCAGUGCUUGCACAAUAGGAGUGUGUAUUGACAAGACUGCAAACUGAAGUUGGUUCUGCUCUGAAGAAAUCCACUUCUCUGUGUGAGAGGGCAUCACUUGGCCAGCCAUCACCAUUUCUGAAGAUGCCAGUUUGUGUCAGCUGUGAUUUACUAGUUGGGAGGGAGGAUCUCAGUGCAGUAGACAAAAGGGUGAGAUCACCAGCUCGAUCUACGAGACCCCCCAUAAGCUCUCAGGAGGGAUCUUCCUGCCUUGCUUCUCACCAGCCAUGGAGACUGGAGCAGUUCUGGGGCUCAUCACAAGUCUCCUCAGCUAUUCACUCCCCUUCCACAUAGACUGUGUUUAUUGUAUAUUUAUUUAAAGUGCUUCAGGUAGGAAAAUGAAUAUUUACAAUUAAAUAUAUGUAAAUGGAAGUGGAAAGACUUGAUUGGAAAAAUACCAAGUUUCUAAUACAUAUUACAAUACUAAGACCUCCCACACAAGAUAAAGGUUUAUAGCCAAAUCUAAAUGUACAUUUCUUUCUGGUUCCUGUGCCAGUGGAAAGCCAUGGAAGUAUCAAGAUCUUUUUGUUUGCAUCUCAGUCCUCUACAGAACUGGAAGAAUGCUUUAUUUGAUUUGGUUUUAGUUUAUUCUGUGCAAUGUCCUGCCUCUAAUUGAUAGAAUAAAAGUAUGGGGCUGGCUAACACUGCUAUUAACUCUUUGCUUUUAACUCUUUGUGUGUUAACACUGCUUUUAACUCUUUGUGUGACUAUGCAAUGUACAAAGAGCAGGUUCUCCUUGCAGAUGUCAAACAUUAAAAAAACUAUUGAGCUGGUUUUCAAAGGAUCCUUCUUCUCUAACUGCACUGAUCUGACCAGGCUGUGGUUUUCCACUGAAUGCUAAGUUCUGAUUCCAGUUUUCCUUAAACCAUUAUUUUCAGCAAAUCUAUCUCCUGCCUUGUGAAUUCUCUCUCCCACUGUGCUCUUGCUGCCCUCCCCUCUCCCCCUCUCUCAUACAUAUGAUUUUGAGUGUAAUGGGUGUCAUUUCUCUCUCUAUCUCUCCAUCUGUUCCCACGAUCAAUGCUCACAGUCCAGCCCCUGCUUUGCAUGUAGUGUGUGUGUAUCCUCUUUAUCCCUGGCCUGUUUUGAUUUCGCGCUUUUCCUGUCUCUCCUUUGCCCUCUGUGCCAUCUUUCUCGUCUCCAUAGCCAUCAGAGACCUCAGGGUGUGGUUUGACAUUGCAGCUAAUUUGGGCUGUUAGCUGUUAAAAAUAGUGUCCCUGUUCCCCUGGCUGCACACUGCUCUCGCUUCCCUUGAACUGACACCGGCUGUCACCUCGCAGUUUGAGUGAGGAAUCGAGGAGUUAAACUGGUUAACAAUUCAGCCUUUAGCAGCAGCCAAAGAAAAAACAAUUUGGUUCUCAGUGGUUUUAGCUCAGCAAACCAGAUUCAACAAACUUUGUUGAGUGCUGGUGGCACUGUUAGAGAUGGGGUCAGAAAGGCACAUUGAAGAGAGGCCAGAAGCCCUUGAGAAGUCUGGCUGCAAGGUUGGUCAGUCUUUCACAAGCUGUCAGCCUUUUAAUUCCUCCAUCUCUCUUCUCUAGGUCUCCCGCUGCAUUUUGCUUGCUGAGGAUUGGACUGUCCCUGCCCUUGACCACUGUCUUUCAACAGGAGUGUGUCAUUAGGGGCAGAGGGGUUCCAGCAAAAAGAAAACUGUUCAGCUGCUUUAAAGUAUUUUAACUUGAAUUGAAGUGUGCCUUUGCAGCCUUAAAAAGGAGCUGGGAGGGGUCACAAGCAGCCCCCAAUGUAAGGAAGUAUUUUUGAGGAGAGAAUAACCGUGAUAACAGACACGACUGGAGUGGGUGCCAUUUAUUUUCAGCAGAUGGUAACACUGUGGAAGAAGGCAACCCAGGAUGUCACAUGGCUUUUGACAAGGUCUGCCUGUGGGUAAGGAGAGACUCAACCUAAACAUCUGCGACCCAAAGAGCAAAGGUUUCCAACAGCGGGUGCUCUGGAAGGUUGUCUUUAUUUUCAGCUGGGAUGAGUGACUUCAGGAGGCUCUGGUGGGAUGGGGAGGAUCUGUCUCACCCUGUGGUCAAGUGCUCCUGAGUUUGUCCAGCUUGGUGAAUGAGUUUGGCCUCUAAUGCUCCUGCAACAACCCCCUCCCAAAAAAUGAAUGACUGGAAACCGAAAACAAGGUACCUCAGUAAUGUCUCCUUCUUUAAUACAGUAGCCACAGCUGAAAGAGUGUAUGUGCACCUUGUUAGUGUAUACUUUUUUUUGCUUAGUUUCUCACCCUUCCAGCCUCUUAAAACAAUGGCAUUAUUUUCAAAUCAAAUUUUAUAAAAUGAACAUUGGAGUUGUUAAGAAGAGAUCAAAAUUUACAUAAGACUUCUAUGUAACCUAUUACCUAUGAAAAUUUACUUCAGGCUGAAACAUGUUUUCCAAAGCUUACAGCAUACAAAACAAAUGGGGUUUUAAAAUUUCUUUACUUAUGAUUACCUUAAAUUGUGUUUUCUAAAAGGGAAGGGGAAAAAAAAACCUUGGAACCUUACCAGUUUAAUUUGCAUUUUGGCUCUGAUGUAACUCAAAAUAGAUUAGAUUAAAAAAGGAAAUUUGGCAAGUGAUUACUCAAUUACAUGAUUUUACUGCUUUGGUAUUUUGAAAAUAAAAAUGAACAGAUCUGUUUUACUUUGAAAAGCGCCUGGUGCACGUGUGCUGUAACCACUUUUCAGAAACCAUAUGGAAGGUUCCCUACGCUGCAUAUGGCAAUGCAAUACCAGAGCUCAGAUACGUAUUCCUGUGAUAGACUACACAGGAUUCAGUUGCAUCAGGGAUAUUAAUGUCUACCUUCAGAUAGUGCUGUAUGGAAGCUCAGCAGGGUAAAUGACUUGGGUGUAAAACAUGGCAAGUUCCCAGUGACAGGGCUGCAUUGCUCCUUUUCCAUAGAAAGAAACUAAAAUUGCUCAGAGCUAGUGCCAGGCCAGGAAGUUCGGAGGAAUUUCGGGAAGGGUUACAGUUACUAUUUUGCAAGAUAGUAAAGGUGAGCAGCAUCAAUAUAUACUUCAAAACAUUUCAUCAUCUAGAGCUAUGGUAGCUGCUCAUCUCUAGCUUUCAUGCCAAGGGUAGGAAGCCUCUGCUGACCCCUAGAAGACCAAGCAAGUGGUGACAAACUCCCUAGAGUAACAAAGCCUUGAUCCUCCACAUGGUGUGAGAUGGGGUAGUACUGUGCCUUAAACUGGCUAUCGUCAGGAUUAUCUGUAAUUCCCAUCACCCUCUUUUCAUUAGCAAACUGGUAUGAGAAGAUGGACCAUCUGUCACUCCAUCACUGAUGUGUCCCCUUGGAGUCCCUAGGGCUGUUUGUGGCUUUUCAGGUCUCUGAGAAAUACAACACUUUUGCCAAUGUUUGUUUGGUGCCAUGAUCUGAUCACUUGCCUGUCCUGUCUGUAGAGCUGCUUGGGUCCCUGAAAGCUCCUCCACAUGCACGUGUGCAGCUGUCCCCUCAGAGCAAACAUUGUGUGUCUGUUCCUUCACACAAAGGGCAGCCUCCCUGGUGAGGGAUUCCACCAAAAUAACCGCAACUUCAAAUGACAGAAACUUUACUUAGUGCCAUCACUCUCUUGACAAACUGUGGCUCUUCCACUUGAUUUCAGUGAGGAUUAAGACCUUCAGAACACUAAUCUUGAUGUAGAAAUGAUGAUACAGACCCAAAAUCCUGGGACACGAAGAGCGGAAUAUGCUGGGAAGUUAGAAAUUAAUAAAUUUCUUAUGAAAGGGUGGUGUGGAAUGGAGGUGGUGGGCUACAGGUUUUCACUGGACUACUGAGCCUGUGGGCCUUCAGCAAAGCAGCCCUGUCUGAAGAGGGGUCACUACCUAGAUGUCCCUCACACAAAGGGCUGUUGCAGAAGGACAAGCAGGGAUACCCUGCUUCCAUCCACCUCAAUGUAUUUAAAGAGUUACAUGGCAUGUGAGACUUGGUUGUCCUCUACAUCUUGGUUUCAUCUUUCUGCCUCUCACAAGUAACUGGAUUUGAGUGCCAUAUACGUGAUAUUUAACAGACCUGUUUCUGAGAAAUCUGUGAGAUGGAUCUUUGCUGUCUGAAAUAAAGCACUUCUCA